AACUUCCCUCUUCCUCUCACAGUUGCAGGAUUCCCGUAUCACUCUUACAACAAUAGAAUUCCCCAAAUAUGGUAGCGAAACCUGCUCUUAGCAAACCUGGAGGCCAACAACCGGCUGACAUUCUCAACAUACAUAUCGCCGCCGACUCAAUGGAAAAGUAUCCAGCGAAGCAACACGCCCGAAAUGUGGCCCGACGACUACCCACUCGUAGCGGUCUUAUCUACCUAGAAGGGAUGCCGGAGGUGCUUUUUGAGGACUCGGACGAGCCGGUUAAAUUCCGUCAAAAGAGAUAUUUCUUGUACCUCACGGGAGUCGUGGAUAUGCCGGAUUGUUUCGUCACAUAUUCAAUCGCUCAGGACAAGUUAAUUCUAUAUAUUCCGCCUUUUGAUCCGAAUCAAGUUCUCUGGUCUGGUUUUCCGCCCUCAAUAACGGACUGCAUCUUUAAGUAUGACAUAAUGGAGUUCCAUUUCACGUUUCAAUCCUCUCCAAUUUAUACUAUUCAUCAUCAAGUUUCACGGAUCCCCCCACAGAUCCCUCGGAGAUUUAUCUCCGAUCAGCACCUCCAACCCGCAAUUGAUGAUUGCCGGGUUUAUAAGGAUGAUUACGAAAUCAACUUGCUCCGCCGAGCAAAUAUCAUCUCAGCAAAUGCUCAUUGUGCUGUGCUAAAAGCGGUGCAAACAGCUCAAACGGAAGCUCAGCUGGAAGGAAUAUUUGUCCAGACUUGUAUUGCGCAGCUCGCCCGAACGCAGGCAUAUGAGCCAAUUGUUGCCUCUGGGCAGAAUUGCGCAACACUACACUACACUCGCAAUGACGCGCCGCUCAGGGAGAAACAAUUGCUUUUGAUUGAUGCUGGUGCAGAAUGGGCCGGAUAUGCGAGCGAUGUCACUCGCACAUACCCGAUAUCCGGGAAAUGGACUAAAGAAGCCAGUGAAAUAUAUAAUAUUGUUGAUGAGAUGCAGAGGGAAUGCAUCAAAAAGACUGUUGCCGGCGUGGAUUGGAGAGAUACACAUCUCCUCGCACAUAGGAUUGCCAUCAAGGGAUUAAUGUCGUUGGGAAUUAUGUACAAUGGCACGGCAGAAGAAAUCUUCCAAUGUGGAACUAGCCGUGCCUUCUUCCCCCAUGGCAUUGGUCACUUUCUUGGGUUGGACACUCAUGAUGUCGAGGGCGCCCCGGAUAGCCCAGGAUGGUCAUUACUGUCGAACCUGGAAUCUACUUCUCAAGAUUCAUAA